GGUACGGUUUGAAGAAAAAAAAAACCUUCUGCUAGGUAUAUCGCCGUUCAUGUAGCUAGCGCUUAGACCACGAUUCCCCUUACCCACCUCUAAGCUCUUAAAAUUAGUCGGUAAAUCAUGAUCCCACGCGGACUAAUUUCUACCUGUCACUUCGGCGUUUUUUCGCCAGGUAUUCGCGCUCUGUACGCUUGGACAGUAAACAACCCUCCUACGCGUGCCAGAACCACUCAGUUCGAUUCCAGGACCUAUAUAAGUGAUAUUUUGACGUAUGUCUCUUUAUCACACUCCCCCUUAUCCUCCCUCGAAUCCGUUUCACUCCUUCGAAAUAUAGGCCCAGGUGUAUUUUACCUACACAGCGUCGUAUCCUCCCUUCUCCUUACUGACCUUCAGCUCCUAAUGUCACCCACCAGUCCGUCGAAGUCAAGGCAGGCGUCGCCUACCACUCGUUCGCCCGGCCCGCCCUCGUCGCCGGCUACUAGGCCGAGUGUAACUAAGCCGUCGAAAUGGGCAAGGGCAGAACGGCACCGUGCAAGAAAACGUGCUGCCGCCACACAGACGACUCUCCGUCUCGCUAGAGCAGACCCGCAAAUCCGCAUCUUAGGUAAUACGCCUUCCUCGUUCUAAACGUGCCGUGCUCAUUCUUAUGUAAUAGACUCCUGCUUCCAACUUUCCUCUGUCGAAGCUAACGCGGAGCCGGCAACUACAUGUGCCUAUAUCGCUGACUACUCGAUCCCCGGACUACAUUCUGGCCAGGGUUCUCCUAGGGACGAGGACCAAACGCCCAUCCCAAACCCGAUUCACGAUCCAGAGAAAACCAACGCCCGGCCUUUUACGCAGCCCGCUACUGAGGCAGCAGACAUGGCGGGCGACGACGCGCUAGUCUGGAUCGACUGCGAG